AUGCAACCUAAAUUGAACUUUUUAUCCAAAGAGGACCCUAUCAUGUUUAAAGUUUCCCGGGCAGAGGUGUUGAUGACAAACUUUAAAGUUGAACAUAACCUGCCGAUUGCGGAUGCAGAUAAGUGUGGACCUCUGUUUAAAAGCAUGUCCCCAGAUUCUGAAAUGAGGCCGAAGCGGUCAGCUUCGUCAACUACGGCAUCAUGUUCGUCCUGCCAUGCCUCGCCUGCUCCAAUUAACAAGUCAGCCACAAGUACAAGUGGCAAUCCGGUUGAGGUGCCCCCUCGAAAGAAAUCCCGACCGCAGAUUUCCCAUCAGGUUGCCACAAGAAAAACCGUAGGUCACAGGCGGGCCAACACUACUGGUAGUGGUCAGUCCAGAGUUACCCAUACAAAUCACGAGGAGCACCUGGAAGGUAGUACACAUGGGCAAAUGGAUCCUGAGGCACCUGCUAUCCACCCCAUACCACCCAACAAUUUCGUGUCAAUAUCCCCGGAUGACAGUGAUGAUUCUGCGACUGCGUGCCCAGAAGCAACCGGCACGGCACCUUCGGAGCAUGCAAACAGCAUGGACCUAGAUCUAUCUGCCACAGAAUCUGACAGCACCAAACCUGGACAGGCUCAGCCAGUUAAGUCUACCCACAGUGGUCCUUCAUAUCCUGAUAUAGCUACUGCGGCAAGUGGAGAACUUGAAGCAAAGUGGAAAUGGUCGAUAUUGAAAGACACAUGGACUGACUGCCAUAUGUUCAACUUUCCCUCAAGAAGCAUCCAUGGGAAAAUGAGAAAGCUGUCAUCAAGCUGGUUGACAGACCACCCCUGGCUCAGAUACUCGAUUUCUACAGAUGCCUUAUUCUGCGCCCCCUGUUUCGUAUUUGGACGGAAAGAUGCGAAGGAGAAAACUUUCAUCAGUACACCAGUGAAGGAUUGGUCCAACCUAGCCAAGUACGUCAAGAGGCACGAAUUAGCAGAGUCAAACCAUCACAAUGUUACAGCUAUGGCGGAACAUUUUCUUGAUAUACAAUCAGGUAAGAUGGAACCCAUCACAAGUUCUGUAUCGGACAGUCACAGACGCCUAGUGGAGCAGAACCGCCAUAUUCUCAGGAAAAUUAUAGAAGUAAUCGUCCUUUGUGGUAAGCAAAAUAUCGCUAUCAGAGGUAAUACAGAAGAACGAAGCAAUUUUUUAGCCAUACUGCAUUCAAAGGCAGCAGAUGACCCUAUCCUAGCACAGCAUCUAAAUGUUCCAGAAAAUCGUAGGGCAACAUACACAUCGCCCGACAUACAGAAUGAACUGAUCUGUUUGUGUGCUGAGCAGAUACAGAUCGAAAUUGUGCAGGCAUGCAAUGAUGCAGUCUGUUUCGCUCUUAUAGCCGAUGAGUCGACCGACAAGUCAACAAAAGAACAGGUGUCCGUGUGUCUGCGAUUUGUCCAACGUGGAAGCGGUUCCCAGCAAUUUAGAGUCCGUGAAGAUUUUCUUGGAUUUGUUCAAGCAAGUAGAACAACUGGCGAGGUACUUGCAGAACUACUCUUGACCUCUCUUGAAAAUCAUGGAAUCGAAGUAGAUAAGAUGCGGUCUCAGGCUUAUGAUGGUGCCGCAAAUAUGUCUGGAAAGCACAGGGGCGUACAGGCACGAAUUCGUCAACGGGUGCCGUCUGCGCUGUAUGUACACUGUAGAGCCCACUGCCUCAACCUAGCAGUUAUGCAUAGCAGCAAGGACCCAUGCAUAAGGUCAGUGAUGACAACUGUGCAAGAGGUAGGGUUUGCAUUUGAUUAUUCGGCCAAAAGACUAAACUUCUUUGUUGAUGAACUUGCUGCUGACCAAGACGCACAGGAAAAGCUGAAGAAACGCACCAAACUGAGAACUCUGUGUGAAACUAGGUGGACUAGCCGAGCCGAUGCCCUCUCAACGUUCAAGUCAGCAUACAGCGUUGUUGUUCAUGCCCUUGAACAGCUACAGGAGGAUGGCGAUGACAAGGCAGGCCAACACUUGGCGUCGAUCAUGAAGUUUGACUUCAUAAUCGGACUGGUCGUUGCUGAGCACGUUAUGCAAAGUACAGUUCCGUUGUCUUAUCUUCUUCAGGCAGUCGACUGCGAUUUGCUUGAGGCAACGCGAGAAAGUCAAACCCUCAUCCGCCAGUUUCAAAACGAAAGGGCAGACCCUAAUGUCUGGGAAGCAUUGUUUCAGAGCGCUAAAGAUAUUGCAGCAGAAUUUGAGAUUGAACCUUCAAUGCCCCGUCUUGCUCAACGCCAACGAAACCGGGCAAACCCACCGGCCAAUGAUCCACAACAGUAUUGGCAGCGAGCUCUCUACUUCCCUUUCUUGGACCAUUUGUGUCAAGAACUUAGCGACAGAUUGAUUGUGGCCGAGGAAAGAUUCCGUGCACAGUACUUGAUUCCAUCCAAGUUGAACCUUUGCACAGACGGAAUGGUGGAUCUCAUUUUUGCGGGGUAUUCGGUGGACCUACCUCAGGGAAACCAGUCAUUCCAUAACGAGGUUAGGCGGUGGAAGGCUAGAUGGCAAUUGAUGGAUGAAAAUGACAAACCAAGCACAUUGGGUGAAACUGUAGCAUCAACCAAUCCGGAUCUUUACAAGGGAGUUUAUACAGUACUCACCAUUCUUCUGACCAUGCCGGCAUCAUCUGCUACUGCUGAACGGAGCUUUAGCGUUAUGCGCAGGGUGAAAACCUACCUGAGGUCGACGAUGCGGACAGAGCGCAUGACAGGACUUGCCCUGAUGCACGUAUAUCGGGAUGUUAACAUUGACAUUGACCAGGGAAAUCAAGAGCACAGGGUCCUCCUCCAGUUCAGGUCCCUCCAGUUUGGGACCUGUCCAGUUGGGACACCUCCAGUUUGGAUCCCUUCAUUGGAACCCCUCCAGUUUAGGGACCCCUCCAGUUGGGACAACUCCAGUUGA